CUUAAGCAUGAAACAAACACACACACACACACACCCCCGAGCCUUUCAACCUUUUCUCUCUCUCUCUCUCUCCUUCCUCGAUGUUUUCUCAGCCCGGAUGCUGCUGACAGCACCACCUUCGAUGUUCAGCUGGGGGACAUCAUCCUGACGGCCACGGAUGGGCUCUUUGACAACAUGCCCGACUACAUGAUCCUCCAGGAGCUGAAGAAACUAAAAAACUCAAAUUACGAAAGCAUCCAGCAGACGGCCAGCAGCAUCGCUGAGCAAGCCCACGAGCUGGCCUACGAUCCAAACUAUAUGUCUCCCUUUGCACAGUUCGCAUGUGACAAUGGACUGAAUGUACGAGGUGGGAAACCCGAUGACAUCACUGUUCUUCUCUCUAUAGUAGCUGAAUACACAGACUGACCAGCUGUGACACCCUGCUUUUAAAGACUGGUAUGUCUCCAGCUGUUCUCAGCUUCACACGCACUUAUUUUCCUGCGGGCAGGAAGUCUCUCUCUUUCUCUGCAUCUGACCUCAGUGGCUAAUCACACCUUAGGCCCGUUGCCUGUUUCAAGAUGCAGUCAAGACCCCUGGCCCAAAGACCUCAGCUGGAGGACACCUGGGGACACCUCCAAGCAAGAAAUGAAGAAUUUUCAAUACUUGAAGCCUGUCUUUCAAAACUGACUCGAGAGUUAUCGCGUAGAAAGCGGGGUGGGGGAAAGGGGGCUGAAGAGGGAAUAACCUUUACUUAUUAUGGCUCUGAAGAAAAGGCGAGCAAACAAGAAUGUCAAAUUGGCUCUGCGUAGUGUUCAAACUAAUUCUGGGGAAGGGGCCUUUUUUUUGUUCGUUCCAAAAUCGGCAAGCAGAACCUCCGUGAGGUCCUGAGAAAGGUAUUGCUGGAAAAAGCCCCAUUUCUCAACAGCGGCAGGUCAACGCGUCCUUAACAUGUUGGAAAACUUGCGUUUGCCACUGAAUUCUCCAUAGGCUUUCCAAGUGCAGCGCUCGAUACAUUUUGACCUGGGUGACUUGAAAGUUGUGCUGGGUGGGUGGGGAUUCUGGGAGUUGUAGUCCGCCCAUCUUCAAGUCACCCAGGUUGAAAAAUAUUGGGUCUGUGUGAUGUUAGCCAGGAGCUUUUGUUACUCAAUUUGGAACGCACAACUCGUCUUGAAUUGUGGUGCGCAUGUGCGAGAGAGAGAGAGAGAGUUUGUGAAGGUGCUAAACCGUUAUUAUACCUGGCAUGGCCACGGGGGGCCCUUUCGUAGCUCGAGUUUUUCUGCCAGGUCAUCGCCUGACUCUCUUCAGUUGCAGAGAAGCGUCGAGGGAGGUUGAACCCCGGUUCUGAGUUGGGGUUCCAACAGCAGCCGUCACGCUGCGCGAGCAAAACCCGACUGGGCAGCCUUUGUAUUUGGGUGGUGAGUUUGGGUCCUCGAGAAAGUCCAUGUUUACAGGGCUCUAAUUGCUAAUUGGCAAUAUCGUAGAAUUGUAUUGUUAUUUUUUUUUUCCGCAUCGACACACACUCAGUUCGAUUUUCUCAGUAGCUAUAAGUUCCCCUAGCCCGUUUUUCUAAGCUUGUGUUAAAGAAACAAAAAACAGCUGUUUUUAUUUAUACAUAACGCCUAGAGGUAUGUAUAAAAAUCUCGGUCAGUUUUUCAUAAUGUGUGUUUUUUUUUUUUUUGGUUGUUGUUCUUGCCUGCAGGAGAAACAGAAGUCCUUUGCAACAAAAAGCCAUGUUUUAUACAGCAAGUUGGGUCACAUUGAUGUUUAGUUGAUAAUCUCGGCGAGUAAAAACAACCGUCCUUUUUUUAAAAAAACAAAACAAAAAAAAACUCACAAAAAAGGGGUUUUUUUUACUGCCAGGUUUAUUCUGUUAAAACUGUACGUUUGAGGUUACCUCAGCCUGUUUUAAAUAUUAUUUUUUUUGGUGGUUGUACUGUACAUUUGCAUAAUUGUCUCCGGCUUUUAUUUAUAAUUUAACAUGUACCGUGUACAUGUGGCUCGUUUCAAUGCAUCCUGCUUCUAACAGGCAUUUCAUUUGCGACGAUAAGGGGCAAAAAAUAAUAAUAAUAACUCAUUUUUUAGAAGCUGUUCCAAGCCAACUUUUCCAGGUUUCUUUUAAAUCACCUUUUUUUUUCCUUUUGUCCAGAUUGCCUUAACAACGUAGCUUGACAAAACUGAUCGGUUUGGGGGGUUACGGAUACAGGGUGGCAUACAGUGAAUGGAUGAAAAUGGCAUAAUAGUUAAAAAAAAAACACGGCCCAUUAUAACGUUGUACAAACCAUUUCAACCCCCCUUCCCCUCAUCCUAACCUGAACCAGCUGGACCUAAAUACCUUCUGCUAGAAAUUGUAUAUCAGUAGGUCUUUAUGCAACCCCUUUCCCGCUUCGUUGGAGGGGCAGGUAAGCUCUUAAUUGGGAAUUUGCAUUUUGCUGGUGCCAUCUCUUAUUUGGAGCAAAACCCUGAGGAGCUACUGUCUCUCCCCACCGUUUUUCCCAUUGUCCUGGGUCUCCUAGAGGCCAUCAAGCAGGGGUUAUAUUCUCGCUGCCGUCUUCUUUAGCCUUUCUGCAAUUGUUGGCUGACUAGGAAGGGGGAAGGUGCUUUAAAACACCGUUGCUCGACCCGGGCAGCUUUUUAAGAAGGUUGGACUGCGACUCCCAGAAUCCCCCUGCCAGCUGUGAGGAAUUCUGGGAGUUGAAGUCCACCCUUCUUAAAAAGCUUGCCAAGGUGGAGCCACUCUACUUUAGACAUAGCAAUGGGAUUCCUACGCCUUGGGGGGCUUAUCCUUGGUUUUGUUUCCUUUAAAGCAAUUUCUACUCUUCGCGGUAUCCGUAAAGCCAUUUAUUUGUUCCUUAGGACCAUUUUUUUUUAAAAAAAAUUGGUUUUCAAGCCAUGGUCAAAUUGAAUAUUUAAAACUUGCCCCCCCCCCCAUCCUUUCUCCCCUUUGGGACACCAAAGACCCCCGUGGAGUUUAUAGCUUUCCGGCCAUCUGUUUUUUAAAAGCAAUACUGUGCUAUAAAAUUCUAUUGCAUGCUUGAGAUCUCCCCCCCCCCACCUUCCUUCCCCCCGUUUUAAGAUGAGCCUUCAAUCCCAACAGACCCUGAUUUCUUCCUUGGGAACUUAAAAGCUGUCUGCGCACAAGAGUUUUAUUUUUUUACAAAAAAGGAAAAGAAGAAG